UAUGAAGAAUGGGCGGACAACCUUAACCCUAUUCGAUCUGGCGCAUGCGCAAAAGCAGCGCAGUUACAAGCAUUAGCGUUCAGUGUUGUUUUCCCAUCAUAUGAGCUUUCAAGAAGGAGAGCGAGGCUGGACAGUGAUGGCAGGAGAAGAAGGGGCUGGCCAGGAAAAGGGUUUUAAGCUGUUGGGGAUCCUGGAUGUCCAGAGGACGCCGUGUGCCAGAGACGCCAUCCUGCAUGGAGCCGGAGGUUCAGUAGCUGCUGGCAUGCUUUUCUUUCUUUCCACCAGUCGAGUGAGGCGCUCCUUUGAUGUAGGAUUUGCAGGCUUCAUGCUCACCACUCUCGGGUCUUGGUUUUACUGCAGAAUGAACAACGCUAAGUUACGGGUGCAGCAGAGGGUCAUACAGGAGGGCAUCCGGAACAAGGUAGUGUAUGAGGGAACGUCUCUAGACCCGACUAACAGACCCAGAGCAGACGCUCCAUCUGGCCCCUCGUGACGCCCAGCGCCUAAUCUCUAUAGCAGACAGAAUCAAAGCGACACAGGCGGCUACCUCUGUUGGAAGGUUUAUUUCUGUUGGCUUGGAAGUCUCUCUAAAGUUUCUGCUACUGGGGAAGUGGUCUGUUAAAGCAGAAAUUUUCAAAGUUGCAUUUAUUCAUAAAAACGUUUUCCAAUGCAAACAAGAAACUGGUCUUGAAGUUUAAACUGAGAAAUCUUCUUCUUUUUUUCUUGAGUCAACUCCAAUGACAUAUUUAUCUAAGAUGUUCAUUUCUGGAACAGUUAAUAAAAAAAUUUAAAAUGCGUAGAGGCUUGAGUGCUUGUUGAAGUUUUGAGUCAGAUUUGCUAUAUUAUAAAUGAUUAGAAUGAUUUAAGUGAAGCUCCUUCAAAAUUCUCAUUUAUGGUAAAGUAUGUCUACUUUUUGUAUAUUGAACCUCUGGUAUAAGUUAGGAGUGAUGUCUGGCGGACGAACACAAAUGAACAUUAAACUUUAAGGUUUUUCUUUCUAAGAAAAUUGUAAAACAAUGAAGUUUGUGGCUGUAACAUUAAAAUCUUUUAGUUCACA